AUGUCAUCGAGAAAAACGUUGAUCAGUAAGCAAACGGGCCAAGAUGACGAAGAAAUUGAUUUGAUCACACUAGAAAAAAGCCUGAAUUCGAUCGAUGCGGAAAAUAUGAUCCGGAAAAUAUCCCAUACAUCCAUAUCAGACGAUGCUGAAAAAAAAUGCAACCUUCUGGAGACAAUAACUAGGACUGUACAGAUUUCAUGCCAACCGCCGUUGAUUCCGUUUACUGUGCAGGGUGGAUCUGCGGAAGGUUGUCUGAUACUGGUGGAAUUGGUGCUUCAUCCCGAUUUACUGCAUGUCUUAGCAACAGAUGACAUCAUUUUGUCUAUCAGUGGAAGGAAAAUAUCCGGAAUGUUGUUACGAGAUGUACGAAGAUUACUGGAAGGUUUAUUUGCCAUGAAUGAAUCGUUUUACAUGGAAAUCGUAAAUAAAAAUUCGAUUCCAUCGAGCAUAACAGAAAUUCUAGCUGGCGAAGACUAUCCGGAACUGCAAAUCGUCAUCCGAAACAACGUUUAUCAAAAAACAGUGCCAUACACUACAAGGCAACCACGAAAUGGUGAAAUCGACGGUGUACAUUACAAAUUUGUCGAUGUUUCAACUUUUCGGCAGUUACGUGAUACCAAUCAAUUAUUGGAACAUGGUCAUUAUCAAGUACGCUUUAUGAUGGAUGCCUAA